AUGUGGAAUCCUGUUCUGUGUUUAGCAUGCUGCAUUGUCAUCCUGCAGAACAUUCAGGUGUCGGCAUGGUCGAUUCCGCGAGGAUAUCUCGGUGUGCAUACGAGCCUCAAGGACCAUACCAUUCGCGGCCCUGUGACUAAGGAAGCUAGCAAACACGGUGCUUCGCCGGUUCCUCACUCCUGGUUUACCGUCACCACUGACAAUGUCGCAGAAGGAGUAGAUGAUGAUGUGAUUGAGAAUAAGAUGAGCGACCAGGUUACUCUUAAGCGAUUGAUGGCGGAUCUUGAGACAUGCGUCGAAGAUCUUCUUCCCUAUUCCACGGAAAGGGCACCGAACGACCUUGUCCAGAUCAGUGGAUCAAAGGUGAGAUCCUGCAGACAGGCCAUCUACUCUCUUAUACGCUGGUUCAGGAGCUCCUCUACCAACAAGCCUACAAGUCAGAACAAGCGCAGAGACGACCAAAAGUCACGGUUCAACCUGGUCAAGCCGGGAGACAACACAGAUCCCCGACAGACCGGAAGGCUUGGGGCGACAGGCGACUUAGACAGAAGUCGACCGACCCAAACAGCUACCAGGCCGCCUACCUGUCGUGACCAAGCAUGCUCCCCUGGCGACCUUACCCCGACUUGUGUGACAAAGGGGGGAGCCAAGCUGAAGCCUACACUGGCACAAAUGUGCAACAUGUGCUUCCCGCGUAGAAAUGAGCGGUUGAUUGAUGAGUACUGCUCUGAGCGGGCGCAAAAGGAAUGGCAUAUAUUCUACAUUCUCUUUGCGAUACUGGUAGCCAUCUCCGGUGCGGGGAUCACUCUAGCUGCAUUCCGCAAGAUAAGGGAGAAGGGUCAGAAGUCUCGGGAGACAGGAUCAGACGUCCUUCCGACAAAGAGAUUUAUCCAGCCGAGGGCAACACUGGGGAAUCCAUCGUUGGCCAAACCCAAGUCUAGGAGGGUUGGGUCAUGGCUUGCGGCAGCGGCGGCCUAUCUCCGGAAUCAAGGCACGCGAGUUGACAUAGAAGAGCAUGCGGCACUUGACGCAAGAGUGACAAGUCUAUCGCCUCCUACCCUGCUCCCAAACCAGGUCGAUCCCAAUAGACAGCAGACUUUUCAAGUAUCUGGCGCCGAAGCCUGCGAGAGACAGGCUGGACUGAAAUUGAGGAAGAGUUGCGAUUCUAGCCUGGAAGUACCUGGAAAAGCAGCAGCACCCCGAGCACGUAGCUCGAGUGUGCAGGCAAUCCCGAAUGGCAGUGGUGAGCCACAGCGUCUGAGCGUUGACAUGGGUAUCCAUCGCCCGCAUACCGCACAGUAA